AGCGUUUGGCUGGGCUGGGCUGGGCCGCGGGGGUGGGGCGGGAUAGCAGCGAGAACCCCGAGCCGCGGUUUAGGCUGCGGGCGCCAAGCCUGCAUCGCGAAGCGGAGUCAACCCCGCGGGUCCGGUGUCGGGAGUCAGGCCACGGGUGAAGAAGAAGGCGGGGCAAGUGGCGACUUUCCACGGCACUUUCUCUGUGCAUUAAAGAGAGUGCCUAGCCGCACUUUAGACAGGGGUACAUUGGUUCCGGGUCCGCGUGACAGGAGGCUCCCUGGAGGAGGAGCUCCGGACGCGGAGGAGGAGCCAGGACAGCCCCCGGGAUCCGGGACGCAGUUCUCCGGGAUAAGAGGCAGAACCAGGAGGAACCCCGUCAGCUGGUAGGGCAAAACGCUCCAGGAGCAGCCUCAUGGAAGAGAAGCAGAUCCUGUGCGUGGGGCUAGUGGUGCUGGACAUCAUCAGUGUGGUGGAUAAGUACCCGGAGGAGGAUACGGACCGCAGGUGCCUGUCGCAGAGAUGGCAGCGUGGAGGCAAUGCAUCCAACUCCUGCACCGUUCUCUCCCUGCUGGGAGCCCCCUGCGCCUUCAUGGGCUCACUGGCCCCUGGCCAUGUUGCUGAUUUUAUCCUGGAUGAUCUCCGCCGCUAUUCUGUGGACCUGCACUACGUGGUCUUUCAGACCAUGGGCUCUGUCCCCGUCUCCAUGGUCAUCAUCAACGAGGCCAAGGGCAGCCGCACCAUCCUACACGCCUACAGCUUCCUGGUGGCUGACUUCAGGCGGCGGGGCAUAGACGUGUCUCACGUGGCCUGGCAGAGCAUGGGGGAGACCCCCUUGUCCUGCUGCAUCGUCAACAACUCCAAUGGCUCCCGUACCAUUGUGCUCUACGACACGAACCUGCCAGACGUGUCUGCUAAGGACUUUGAGAAGGUCGAUCUGACUCGGUUCAAAUGGAUCCACAUUGAGGGCCGGAACGCAUCGGAGCAGGUGAAGAUGCUGCAGCGGAUAGAGCAGCACAAUGCCAGGCAGCCUCCGGAGCAGAAGAUCCAGGUGUCCGUGGAGGUGGAGAAGCCCCAAGAGGAGUUGUUCCAACUGUUUGGCUACGGAGACACGGUGUUUGUCAGCAAAGACGUGGCCAAGCACUUUGGGUUCUGGUCAUCAGCAGAAGCACUGAGGGGCUUGUACGGCCGUGUGAGGAAAGGGGCUACACUCAUCUGUGCCUGGGCUGAGGAGGGCGCUGAUGCCUUGGGCCCCGACGGACAGCUGAUCCACUCGGACGCUUUCCCCCCACCCCGGGUGGUGGAUACUCUGGGGGCUGGAGACACCUUCAAUGCCUCCGUCAUCUUCAGUCUCUCCCAGGGGAAGAGCAUACAGGAGGCGCUGAGGUUUGGCUGCCAGGUGGCUGGCAAGAAGUGUGGCCUGCAGGGCUACGAUGGCAUUGUGUGAGAGCACCAUGGCGGGAGCAGAAGCUUACCAUCCCUUCCUGGGGCCUGGCGUCUGGGCUGCCCUGCUCCCUGAGGAGAUGCAGGCUGUGGCAAGGAUUCUGCCUGUGUCCUGUGUCCCCCACAUCUCACCCGCAGAGCCACGGAGCAAAUAAAUCUCC